AUGGCUGGUCCGAAACGGAUAAGCGACGACCGGAGUCCGAGUCCGACCAUUCGCGAAAUCGACGACGAUCGCGACUCAGACGUCACCGAGACGUCGCAAUUGCUCGGCCCCGAGGGAUUCGGAGCGAGAAAAGACAGCUGGGACAACGACGCCGAUUUCCUGCAUUUGCCCUGGUGGCGCAGGCCGUCUGUGUUCUGGCUUCUUGGACCGUAUGCCGUCUUCACUCUCGCCUUUGGCGGCUUGAUUGUUCCUAAGCUCAACCUAAUUCUUGAUCUUGUUUGCAAGCAGUACUUUGCAGACCAGCAACUCAUCAACCCUCAUUUCACCUACAAGCCCAUCGUCUUGGGCUCCGACAACCCGCAAUGCAACAUCCCCGAAGUCCAGCGAAAUGUCGCCACCUUCAUGCUGGGCCUGAACCUCAUCAUCGGCGGACUGAGCGCCAUCGUCGCCCCCAAGCUGGGCAAGCUCUCCGAUCGCUACGGACGACGAAAGCUCAUGGCGCUGGCGUCCUGCGGUGGCCUGCUCAGCGAGGUUGUCACCAUUCUCUGCGCAAAGUACCCGCAGGUCUUCAACUACCGGUGGAUGCUCGUCGGCGCUUUCUUCGAUGGCAUUACGGGGUCGUUUACCGCUGGCAGUAUUCUCAGUCAGUCGUACACGAGUGACUGCACACCACCGUCCAGGAGAGCCGUGUCCAUUGGCUAUGUCCACGCUUGUCUCUUUACCGGCCUUGCCGUAGGCCCCCUCCUGGCCGGCUACUUUGUCAAGUGGACGGGGACCAUCAUCUCCAUCUUCUACGUAGCUCUUGGCUGCCACGCAUUCUUCAUCGUCUUCGUUCGCUUUAUCCUGCCAGAGUCGCUGUCCAAGCGAAGACAAAUGCUGGCCCGCGAGAAGCUGGCGAGAUCCGAGGCCGAGCAAAGCGUGCUUCUUUCUCGCCGAGUUCACAACCCCUUUGAGGCCUUUGAGAUUCUGUGGCCCACCGGUCCCGGAACCUCGUCAAGGCUGCGGAUCAACCUGGUCGCUCUGGCCAUUGCCGACACCAUCAUCAUGGGAUCCAUGAUGGCCGUGGGCAACUGUCUGAUGCUGUACAGCGAAUACAUGUUUGGAUGGGGCACCUUUGAGACGUCUCGCUUCAUCUCGCUCCUCUCCAUGAUCCGCGUUGUUGUGCUCAUGGUCCUCUUCCCCAUCAUCAACUACGUCUUCCGCAUCCGACCGGCAGCUCGACGACGACGCGAGUCUGGGGCACCUGCGGUAGAGGCGAACACGGGAGCGGAUAACCUGGACAUUUGGGUUCUUCGCUUUGCUCUGCUAUCAGACGUGCUUGGCUGUGUCGGAUACACCCUCUCCCGGGAUCAGCACCUCUUCUUCGCCAGCGGAAUGGUCACCGCUCUUGGAGGCCUGGGCAGCGCUACUGUCCAGGCCGCCGUCACCAAGCAUGUUCCCGCGGCACGCGUCGGGCAGGUCCUCGGUGCUGUUGGUUUCAUGCAGGCGCUCUCACGAGUCGUCGGGCCCCUCAUGUUCAAUGGCCUAUACGCCGUGACGGUUGGCACAUUCCCGCAGGCCAUUUUCGUGCUCCUCGGUGGGCUCUUCUGCAUCGGCUUAAUAUGUGCUUUCAUCAUUAAGCCUCAUGUCCACUGGGAAGAUGUCGGCGAAGAAGACCAAGAACCAUUGGACCGAAGCCCGGGACGCUUCGACACCAGUGCCGGCCAACUCCUCUCCGCCGGCGAGGAAACGGAUUUCUUUUAA